AUGAAUGACAGCUCUCCAACAUCUGAGAACAUCAUGUUUCACCAGCUGACUGCAGAUGCUCUGAACGGUAGCUGUGACUACACCUUGCCCACGUGUAACAAUAGCACAGGUGAAGCGGCAUUGCAGCUGCCCACUUUUUCCAUGGCAGCAAAAGUGAGGGUGAUAAUUACCUUCACUCUUUGCGCAGUGUCAGCUGUGUGCAACCUCUCCGUGUUGUGGGCUGCCAGCACCAACAACAAGCGCAAAUCUCAUGUAAGAAUUUUAAUCAUGAACCUCACCGUUGCCGAUCUGCUGGUGACUUUCAUCGUGAUGCCAGUGGAUGCGGCUUGGAACAUCACGGUUCAGUGGUUGGCGGGGGAUCUGGCUUGCAGAUUGCUAAUGUUUCUGAAGCUCGUGGCGAUGUACUCCUGUGCGUUUGUGACUGUGGUCAUAAGCCUGGACAGGCAGUCGGCCAUUCUCAACCCUCUGGCCAUCAAUAAGGCUAAGAAGAAGAACAAAAUAAUGCUGAGCGUGGCCUGGGUGAUGAGUGUUGUUCUCUCUGUCCCUCAGAUGUUCCUGUUUCACAAUGUGACCAUCACGGUGCCAGCCAAUUUCACUCAGUGCACCACUCGAGGGCACCUGGACGCGGGUGCACUGAACGCUCUUUUAUCGUCAAAGGAAGUCCACUUACGGCGUUCCAACAGCAACAUCCCAAAGGCCCGUAUGAGGACCUUGAAAAUGAGCAUAGUCAUAGUGACCUCUUUCAUAGUUUGCUGGACACCAUACUACUUGCUGGGUCUCUGGUACUGGUUCCUUCCUGAGGAUUUAGAAGAGACUGUUUCUCAUUCACUCACUCACAUACUGUUUAUUUUUGGACUCUUUAAUGCGAUUCUGGAUCCCAUCACUUAUGGCCUCUUCACCAUCCAUUUUCGCAAAGGACUGAAGCGCUACUGUCGCAACGUGGUUGUACUGACAGAGUCAGAGAAUAAUUCCAUCAUGACGGGCUCAUUGAAAUGCUCACCAUCCCCAUUUCGCAUGAAAAGAGUGACCCAGACUGGUCCAGGAGCUAACCCGGAGAAGAAUGCGGUGAGUGGGGAAGAUAAGAAGCCAGCUGACAGUGAAAACAAGGAAUAGUGGCAACCCUACCAAUCCAGCCUUGAACGUGUCAUUUGAUUAAAGAUACGGAUGUGACAAGGCAGGCCUUGUACUGGCUGUCUAGCUGCUCGCAAGAACAAUGAGACAAAAACACACUCCUGCCUGUUCUCCUCAACAGCGUUAGACAGAUUCCAAUUGAGCCCAAGUGUGUCGCAUCUUUUGAUUCAUUCACUGAUGAGCUGCCUCAAUUACUCAGUUAUAUUUAAUACCCAUCUAUUUUCCUGAUACAGGUGAUUAUGUUUUGUAAUCAUUUGCUCUUUACUAAA